AUGGAGAGCACCAGCGCGAGCGACACGACGGUGGUCGACACUAGUGCGGGAGCGACAGACUCGACAGCGGCAAGGGGCGGUCACAGACGCAGCUCGAGCAGCGCGACGACCGAUAACGGCGCGAGCUCGUCGCUCACCGAGAGCUCCAGCUCCACGGGCGACUUGGGGAGCAGCAGUGCCAAUGGCGGGGGCAACAUGACGAGCGCGGGGGGCGAUGUUACGACAACGAGCGGCACGUCGGCCACCAACGCCAAUACCAAUGGUGUAGCCCCGUCGGCGGUGACGGACGCCGGCACGCCUGCACCGGUUGCGCCGAGCACGGCGCAGUUCACAGUGCACAUCCACCCGAGCUCCGCGGCACCGCUCAACACGGGCACUGGCAGCGGCAGCGGCACAAUCACAGCAGUGACAGUCCCCGUCGCUGCGCCGGCGCCGCAGCCCGUCCCGUCCGUCGCGAGACCACCGCCAGCGACGACAGUCGCGGCCGACAAUUCCGCCAGCUCGGCGCUCAACGCCGGCGCGCUAGCGGGCGGUGUCGCGGGCGGGGUGGUCGCGCUCGCGCUCGCGCUGAUCCUGCUCCUCCUCGCGGUACGCAAGCGGCGCCUUGCGCCCGAACCCCAGGCGCAAGCGGAAGAGUAUAUGAAGGGCUACGACGACGCAAUGCCGCGGCACAGCCACCAGGCCGAGCACCACCACAGGCCAGUGAUGACGCGCACGCCGUCUCCGGACGACUUUAGCCCGCCGCCGCUCGGCGCGCGCGUCCUGCCCAUCUCGCCGCCGCGCCCGCUGAGUCCGAGCAAGGAGAGGGCACGCAGCCCGCUCCCGCCUGGCGCGGCGGCCGCGGCGCCGACGUGGCCGCCUACUGCGCCGGCGCCGGUCUCGGACGAGGCUCACGUGCGCGCGACGACGCCCGAGAGCCCGCUCGCGCGCCGACAGCACCUCGUUGCGGCUGGCGCGACGCGUACCGCCAGCCCGGUACAUCGUAGCCUUGCCCGCCGGCCAGCGACCGCCCCGGCGCGUGAUCUCCCGCUGCCCUCUCCGCCGCCGACUGGCCCUCUCCCGCUCCCGCCGUCGUCCCCGCCCCUGCGGGCACGGCGGCCAGCGACGGCGCCCAACCCGCGCGCCGCGCCGUCGGCGUUCGGAUACCCUGCCGCGGCGCUCACUGCUAGCCCCACCGCGGUGCCGGGCUCGCCGGGCAGCCUCACGUCGCGCGUGAGCGCUGCGUCGCCGCUCAGUGUCGCCACGACGCUGCCGGUCGCGGCCGACUCGCCGCCGGUACCGGGCAGCGCGGAGCUGCCGGCCGUCUACUCGCCUACGUGGAGAAACUCUGACCUCGCGGCCAUCUCGCAGUGGCUCGACCAGCGGUUGUAG